CGCCCCAUUCGUUCUUCGCCGCUUACAGCCUCGACCAUCCAUGGCUUACCACUCGAGCUGAUCGACCGCCUGCGCUCCUUUCCACUCUUCGCAUCCGCUCCCGAUACCUUCCUUGCCGCCAUUGGAAAGUUCCUGCGACCACAACUCUUUCAGCCACAUGAAUACAUCCUCACAGAAGGCGAUGAUGCCAAAGCCAUGUACUGGUUGGUGCGUGGUUCGCUCAGAGUCACGUCAAGAGAUGGAGAAAGCACAUAUACCGAACUCAAACCUGGCGCCUUCUUUGGCGAAAUUGGCAUUUUGAUGGAUAUUCCGCGUACCGCUACUAUCAUUGCUCAGCUGCGCUCGCUGGUCCUGAAACUCAACAAGGAAGACCUGCANAAAGUCCUCCCAGCCUUUCCUGCCGUCGAGCGAGCCAUACGCGAAGAGGCCACCGAACGCCUGUCAAUCCUCGAACGUCUAAAGAAGGAACGCGUCACAUUACCUGCUACUUCGGGUUUGCGCAAGCGAUCGCGUGACUUCAUCGAGCGCGAUAUUGAUAUGCAAGACGUAGGCUCUCAGGACGAUAGCAACAAGCGUCGCAAGUCUCCUAGCCCUAGUCUUGCAGAGGCAGCCGCCAACAGUGUUUUGGGAAGUGCAAAUCUGACCGUCCGUCAGAUCUUGCAAGAGUUGCCCUUGUUUGCAGGACUACCUGCUGAGAUCCUACAUUUCCUGGGCAUCAAUGCCCAGCCAUGUUCCUUUGGUCCGUUCACAGACAUCAUCACUCAAGGAUCACAAGGCCGGGAUGUCUUUUUUCUGGUGCGCGGCGAAGUCGAGGUCGUGACCGAAACGCCUGGCAACAAGACCCACGAGGUGACAGGAAAGCUAUUACCCGUGCAGCGUGUACGAGCUCGUCUUAAGCCUGGCCAGUAUUUUGGUGAAGUUACUAGUCUCUCUCUGGCCCCGAAGAGAACGGCGACGGUUCGAUCCAUCAACAGCGUUGAAUGUCUACGUAUCACAGGUCAGGUUCUGGAUGAGCUCUGGAAGAACUGGUCAUCAAGUCUACGUCAACAGGUUGAACAAGAAGCUAAGCGGAGACUAAAAGAGGUCGAAGACACAGACAUCGUCUUGCCAGACGCUCCUUCUGCUAUCGACGCACUCUCAGCCCUACCACCAGAAGAUCAAUGGAAGAAGAGCGUACCCACUGUCACAUUCAGUAAUACUGAAGUUGGAAGUGCAAUCACGAGAGACAUGUCUCCUAUCGCAGCUGAACCCCUGGAUCCCGAUCCUUUCUUCAGCAUUGAUAUAGAUAACGUGCGCGCAAAAUCAAGGAGAAGCUCUCUUGCCCCUCCGUCUCCCGAGCCGGUCAUGCACGAAGCCACCCAUCGCCAACCUUCGCCUCCUUCUGUAGGACGCGCACUUCCACCAUCUCCUUUGAAGCCAAGGUCAUCGGUAUCCUCGUUAUCUCCUGCAUCCGAAACUCGGCGUCCAAUCAGCCGACGUCCUAGUGUCUUCGGUAGACCGUCCAGCCGGUCAGGAAGAGGCCCUCUACCGGACUCAGUGCUUGCCAUGGUCUUUCAAUAUCUUGACCUCCCCGAUCUCAUGCGCCUGAGACUGGUGUCGCCGCACUGGACCCGUCUUCUGACUACAAACCCGGACAUCAUUCAAGACCUCGACCUGUCACGAUACAACCGACGUGUCACAGACUACGCCUUAAAAGAGGCCAUCUGUCCCUUUGUGGGAUCUCGUGCGCGUCAUGUCAACAUCAACAAUUGUUUCCAUGUAACCGACGAUGGCUUCGCCGCGCUGGUCGAGUGUUGCGGAGAAAGUGUGCGUAGCUGGAGAAUGCGAAGUGUGUGGGAUGUAACAGGACAAAGUAUUUUGGAUCUUGUGAACCGUGCGAAGCGUCUAGAGGAUAUUGAUCUAAGCAACUGCCGGAAGGUUGGCGACAAUCUCCUAGCACGAAUCAUAGGCUGGAUCGUACCACAACCACCACCUGGACAAGCAGCACCUCUGCUACCACCGGUCGCUUCUUCAUCUCGUCGACCAGCGAUGAAACGUAACGCAAGCAGUACUGUGGUUCCACAAGCGGAUCAACCCGCCCCGGGCACUGUAGUAGGAGCUGCAGGAUUGAAGCGGUUGACAUUGAGCUACUGUAAACACGUUCAAGACAGAAGUAUGGCGCACAUAGCUGCACAUGCAGCAAAUCGACUUGAGAGCAUUGAUCUGACACGUUGUACCUCGGUCACGGAUCAAGGCUUUCAACAUUGGGGACUAUAUAAUUUCCCACGAUUGCGUAAACUCGUCCUGGCUGAUUGUACAUAUCUCACCGACCAGGCGAUUUCUUUCUGCUGUGCACUCUCAGACACAGCAACGGAAGUCCUUUCGCUGGGCUUGACGCAUCUCACACAUCUCGAUCUGGCCUUCUGUGGUUCGGCUGUCUCGGAUUCAAGCCUUCGUUGCAUCGGUCUGCAUCUCCUGGAGCUGGAAUAUCUAUCUGUACGCGGCUGCGUACGAGUCACUGGUCAAGGCGUAGAGAGCGUCGUUGACGGAUGCCCUCAUCUCUCACUUUUCGACGUCAGUCAGUGCAAGAACCUCCUUCCAUGGCUGCGGUCUGGCGGCGUACAAGCUGUCAGGCAAAAGGGCUGUAAAGCGAGGUUCGAAGUCGUGGCUGAUGGGUCAUGGCGUGGUAGUGGAGCAGCAUAUAAGGGAUUGCAUUGCUCUAUU